GCAAUAAUUGAAACUCAGUGUUGUUUACUGAUGGUCAGCUGCGGGGAAUGUUUCUGUGAACGUCCGGAUGAUUGGUUUGCUUUGAUGUAUGGAAUGCCUGCAGUAGAUGUCUAGCGGUCUCGGAGAUUUUUGUCGGAUGACGUUUCCCAGCUGUUUGGGAUAUCAGCAGGAUCUGUCGGACGACCUCUCUGUGCCCGGCGGCAUGGCGCGAGAGCCGGUCAUUCUCAAUGUUUAUGACAUGUACUGGAUAAACGAGUAUACCUCGAACAUCGGGUUCGGCGUCUUUCACUCCGGCCUAGAGAUCUACGGUUUUGAGUAUGCGUACGGCGGCCACCCGUUCCCGUUCUCGGGGGUGUUCACCAUACGACCCAGGGACGCGGACGACCUCGGUGAACAGUUCAAGUUCAAACAAUCUAUACAUUUAGGGUACACGGACUUCACCAGAGACGACUUGGAUCGAAUCAUCGAGGAAAUGGGCAAGGACUUUCGCGGUGACCGAUAUCAUCUUAUCAACAAAAACUGCAACCACUUCACAUCCAAUCUGUCACAGCUGCUGACGGGCCGCGAGAUCCCCUCGUGGGUGAACCGGCUGGCCUCGGUCAGCGCCAUGGUGCCGUUCCUGGAGCGCUGUCUGCCCAAGGAGUGGCUCACACCGGUGGCCCUGCAGCACUCGCUGGAGGAGACACCCGGGCAGCCGACAGCCACCACCCCCGGCUCGGCAGCGCCCGGCCCGCCGGCGUCCGGCUCCGGCGCGGCGCCCUCACACUCCUCCUCAAUGAACUCGAUAUAGGGAAGACGGCAGCCUCCGCCCGACUAGCUACUGCCGUCUGCCUACCCGGCCGGCCGUCUGCCUGUGCGGGGAGCGACCCGUGCGAGCCCUUUAGGCGGGGUUCGUGGGGCGCGGCGGUGCCCAGGGGUGAGGUUUUCUGGGUGAGCUGAUACAACCUUCGGUCUCCGCACCGCGGGCGGUGGGCGUAUUUUAGGGUAAGGGAAUGUAAUCACUAUGAGGCAGACAUAGUGAGCGAGUCAUUCUUUCAGUUUACCGGUGAGUACUUUGCGAAGGAGGCACUGGUUGCGUGGUCUAUGGUGCAUUAGCGGACUUCUGAGCCCGAUACCUCGGGUCUCCUGUGUGCUGUCGGGCUGAACGGUUCGGGUAUCCUAUAUAUGCCGCCGGACCGUACGGUUCAGAAUCAACAGACCGCAUGGUUCUGGCCUCUUGUAUGGCCUGAAAUGGACGGCCCGGGUACUUUGUUGAACCCGACUGUCUAGUGUCGUACUGGGCGGUUCGGGUCUCCUAUGCGCUGUUUGAAUUGGCGGCCCAACUCUCCUAUGAGCGACCGGCCGACGUUUGGUGGUGGGUUACGUACGGCGCAUUGCCUCAGGUCCGGCGUGGUGGCUGCGCUCCUGUGACGUCGGCAGCCGACCUAUGGUAACCCGAUGCCAAAUCGAUGCGCCGCCCGGGGACCGGGUUUCCUGUGUCCGUUUGUUGUAGUUACUACCAGAAAAGGAACUAGCUGACUUCUAGAAGACCAUGGUUACCCAUUACCGUAUUUUUGUACGCCGCUCCAUUAAAUUUUCUCGUGUGGUUUUUAAUGUUGCUUUGGCGAGCUCCGGUGGCUACUGCUGUACAUAAUGGGCGGUGAGUGUGGCUCGUGAUGGAGCCGUAUCCGGGGCCUAUGGCGACUGUUCUCCUGUUUCCAGUGUGCUCCCGGUGUUGGAUGUAUCCCUGCUCCCGCUUGAGAUAGGUCUGCGACUAGUGGCAUUCUGUAUAUGUAGCGCUCGAUGUGAGGUUUGUGGGUCUGAGAAGGACCAGCAAAUGGUAAUGUAUUGAGAUGACGGUGGGAUAUGGAUGCGAAUGCAAAAGACGAGCGUAACCAAAGUUUUCGAGUGGCUGAUUCUCGACGUGCGCUUUCUCUCGGAAGCAGGGCCCAGUGUGACAUGUGCUGUAUCGUGGUUCGCUCUAUCUCCUGUGUCGUGUUGAGAGGGCCGAUGACUUUGCCACUCGGUUAUACCCUUCAGUAGCCGAGGAUUUCAGGACACUGCGUGGUGAACAAUGUUUUCAAUUCUUCGUUGACGUGAAUACUUCGAAAAGCAUGAUUAUGCUAUUCCAUAACACUAUCAUUGUAGAUAUUCUUUAACUGCGCUCUUUCAUGGAGUUGUUAAGCCACAAAAUUUAUACUAUUGCUUGUUAUUCAAAUAAAUAUGAACUCCGAGAUGGAAGGACAAAUUGGUGUAGAUCUGACCAUAGCCUGGCGUGGAUGUGACAUUCUCUUAGCCUGGGUUCAAGGAAUGGUGUUGCAUGUUGCGCAUUGGGUUCUAGUACUUGCAAUGGUUAGUAGGUACGACGAACUUGUGUCUCAUAAAUAUACGGUCGGCCUGAAGGGUCGUCAACUAUAUUGUAACGCUGGGUUUGUGCUAGUUCUAUCUUUCAGUUAGCGCGUUGCCACAGGUUGAACUGGUGGCAUGCUGUACUCCUUGCUUACCGAGCCUAUGCGUAUGUGCAGACAUGCCUCGUGUAUACUAACCGCGACUGUUUACACUGAAUUUCGAGCCUGCCAUAGUGCAAAGAUUCAAUUCAAGUAAAAGCCAACAAAUAAUGGUGGCCUGGUUUCCUUUCAUCACUACAUUCAUCGACUGAAUUUAUAUCCUGGCCUCAAGUCUCCCCGGUCCGUCAGUUCACGUCUGUACAGGCGCCCUGAUCCAGGCGUUUCGCACAAGGAGGAUGUACGUUUCCCUCUGUCUAUUCUCCGCCGUCGGCCCGGGCUGGUCGAAUGUUGUUACGGGGGCGCUCUGUCGGACUGGUCGUAGGCUACAAAUUAGGUACAUAGUUACGUGACCGACGUGACGCGUCCGUCAGCCGUCGCCGUCUCGCCGAGGGCUGGGUUUUCAGUGUUCGUGUGAGACAAUGUCGAUGUGCGUAUAAUCACAGCUGUGCGCGUCGAAUAAUACAAGCUGUUGCGUUACUAA